GGGGAACAUGCGGCUUCUUCAUAUCUUCAUUUCCGCCAUUAUUGUCACAUUUGUUUCUUGUGAUGAAAAUGAGAUGCGGUUGGAACAAGAUCUGAUGAGAAACUACAGCACAAGCAUCCGACCGACCCGGAAUCAUAGAGAUCGUGUAGACGUUUUCCUGGCAGUGUAUUUAAUCGGUAUUGUUAACGUGGACGAACAGAAUCAACUGCUAACGUUCAGCUGCUGGUUUCAGAUGAAUUGGACAGAUAUUAAUCUAAGUUGGAAUCCCGAAGAAUACGAUGACGUUCAACUUAUCCAUCUUAAACAUGAUCAGAUCUGGAAGCCGGAUAUCAUUAUGUAUAACUCGAUUGAAUCAAGCACGGGAUCCUCAAGCAGUACAAAUAUCCCUAUUAAUUAUAAGGGACAAGCAAUAUGGUGGUCACGGUGGAUAUUUAAAAGCACCUGUUUAAUGGAUAUUCGAUAUUUUCCAUUCGAUGUGCAAGAAUGUUUCCUUGUUUUUGGAUCUUGGUCAUUUGACAACAGUGAAAUUAAUAUCAUUCCUGACAACCCAGACACAGAUCUAAAUCGAUAUUACCCAAAUUUGGAGUUUGAUCUCAUAAAAUAUAGUAUUGAUAACUACACAUUGAAAUAUGCCGAAUGGACUCAUCCGUUUCUUUUCAUAAGAUACACGGUAGUUUUAAAGCGUAAACCUCUUUACUAUUUGUUCAAUAUAUUGAUGCCGACAGUUUUACUUAUAAUCAUAUCACUUAUUGGAUUCUUCGUCCAUGGAUCGGAGGAGAAAAUAUCCAUUGGACUAACUACUUUAUUGUCUAUGGUUGUUUUACAAAUGGUUGUGGCCGAUAGCCUCCCUCCAGUGUCAGAUGCAAUUCCUCUCAUAAGUUUAUAUUAUGGGAUAUCAACCUUGCUUAUCUCCCUUUCCAUAAGCAUUAAUGCAGUUACUCUGAACGUCUAUCACUAUGGAGACAGUGGCCAUCAAGUUCCAAUCAUUCUUAAAAGAAUAUGCUUUGGAUUCAUCUCCCGACUUCUCUGUGCCUCUAUCUCUGUAAAAGAACCAGGGCAAAAGGAUCCGGAUGUCCAGGAAGGACAAGACUACAGACCAGAGGAAACAGGAGAAGUUUUUCUCGGACAUUGCUUCAAUGAAACACAAAAAACUGGAGCAGAACACCACUCCCCUGAUGAAAGAACUGAAGAAAGGUUGCAGUUGAUUCUGAAAAGUAUUAUUCAAGAAAAUCAUAUACGUCACAAGGCAGAAGAAGGUUCCGAGACUCUUAAACGCGAAUGGCGAGAGCUAGCCUGCGUCCUCGACAGAUUGUUCCUCGUUAUUUUCUUAAUAAUCUAUGGUUGUUUGACGAUGUCUUUAUUUUACAUCAAAGUCGAUGUCCCAAUCUAAGCCAAAAUUACUUACAGGAUUACUUAAGGCAUUUUUUUUUUCGGUUUGACUUGUGGCUAGAGCAAUUGUUUGGCUUCACCUCCUGCCUGUUAACUUUAGCUUAAGAAUUCAUCCAAUUUUCUCUCAGAGACUAUAUUUUUAAUUCCGUAGUAGAUCAGCUGUCUCGUUUUAAGUCAUCAUUUCGGAAGUUCUAUGGUCAAUGCAAUGCACUUGCCAGCAAAUGCAAUUUAUCAUUGUCAAAUUCUUGCUGACUUUUUUCAUUUGUUUUUCAUACUAAUUGUUAAUAAUUAUACACUGAAUUGAUGACGAAUUUUUCCUUUAUUUCCCGAAAAUGACAAGGAGCACAUGCAUAUGGCAGGUGUGACUGGUCGGCAGGGGAUUCUUACUCCUCCAUGACACCUGAUACAACCUCUGAUGUUUUUGAGGUCCUUGUUUGCUCUGCUCUUUUUUUUGUAUUGUUUAAUGGACUUUUGAUAUUAAAUACUAUUCGUUAUGUCCAUAAUUAUGUUUUAUUUAUAGAAAGUAACCCAAGUCAUUUGUUUUGCAUGUUUCUUUAGACAUGGUAGACGCAGACUUGAUAUUUAAUGCCAAGACAGUAAAUAUUUUCA